UACCUGGUUAUUCCAGUGACUCAUACUAUAUUUCCCAGUGACUGUUCGGAUUUGAAUUCAUAAUUUGAAAUAUUUAUUAUGGAUAGACGUUUUGGAGAUGAAAUGUGACAUUUUAUGCUUUGAGAAGAUUACCGAGCAAUGGGGAGAGACACACAUGUUGUAUCUCUCUGCACAUUGAAAGGAAGGACAUUGAGAGGACUUGCGUUUGGAUUGCUCAUAUUACAUAUCAUACAGACAUGCACUUUCCUCGGUUUGAUAUCGGCAUGGCGUUUUAAAUAUUCGACAUCUUCACCACUCGAGACCAACAGGCAGUGUAUGGCAUGUGAUGAUCUCAAGCCACCCUUAUAUAACAUCCCAGAUACUGAUAAGGACAUCAGUGCACUAAGACAAAGGCAUAACUCUUCUUUAUGUUGCGGCGCCGUCCAAAACAUUGUACAGCAUCUUAUUAAAAAGGAAGUAUCAUUGAAGUUUUACGACACCAUCACAGCAGGUUCAAGCAACAUACUAGAAUCGUUUAUCCACAACUGUGAAUUAGAAGAGGACCUUAAAACUCCUAAGGCUAAACUGGUGGGUGUAGUAGACAGCGUUCCAAGUUUUAUUGUUCAAGGCCAUGCAAAGCUUCGAUGGAAUAAAAACAACCGCACGUUCACUGAAAACAACUGCAUUCAUCUAGAACUUGAAGGGGAAAUUUUCAUACGAAAACCAGGAUACUACAUAGUUUCGUCAACGCUGAAUAUCAAUGCCAUGAGAAGGAACACUACAACAGAAACAUUUAGUCACAACGUUAAUCUACUGUCCCACAGAAUUGGAUCAACUGAAGUUCUUAUGCAACGCAAAAGAUCCAUCACAGAAUCAGACGAAGGUGAUUUUACAAGUGUUAUGUCCGCAGUGUUCAGGCUCCAAAUGUAUGAUAGGAUCUCAGUGUCAGUGAGCCAUCAAGAGUAUAUAGCACGUAACUCUUCAACUGACAAUUUUAUUGCAUAUUACACGUAUGAUUUAAACUAAAGUAGUAAUUGAAAAGACAAACGUAUAUUAGUUGUAGUUAACUAUGUCCUGUUUGAGAAGUAAACAACAUUAGUAUAUGUUCUCACACCGCAUGAGUUGCACAUCGUGAAAUUUAUAAUAAAAUAAUUUGGAAAUUUAUUGGAAGUAUUUUUACACCGAAUGUCAAUCAUGAUAAAGGGAAAGCUUGUGAUGAAGAACAAACUGUCUUUUGGCUUCAUUUACCAAACACUCGCUUGUUACACGAAUAGUCCAUUACGACAUUUUUUUUUAAAAACAACUCAUUUGUUGUUGUAUUUUAGUUCAGUCUCUACAGUACCAGCACUCGCUAACUAUGAAUUUGUAUAUUUUAUGAGACAAAUAUCACCUUAAUAUAGGUAAUGAUACUAUUUCAUUUUAAUGAAUAUUUCCUAAUAUUUUGUUUGUGUAUUAUGGAAUAACACUUUAGUAUUAGCUUACCUCCACUGUCAAUAAUAUACACAUUUCAUAUUUUGUUAAGGCUAAUAGGUUGUUUUUUUCUCUGUUUUUGGAAUAACCUCAAUGCAAUCCGUGUAUUAUAUGAAAUCGCAUAUGAAUACUUAUUAUAUAGAUGAAAUGAAGCAAGAAAAAUUACACCGAAUAAUAAUAUAUCAGUUACAAUGUCAUAAAGCAAUUCUGUAUAACGAAUAAUAUUUAGGUAUAAAGACAUAUUUCUUUGAAUUUCCUAAUGAAUGUUUCUAGGUAGAAGUGGAUUGUCUUUCAUAUGUAUAUAGUUUUCAAUAACUAAAAGGACAGCUAACAAAAAGGAACUGCACAUGUUUCUGCCUUCUUUCCAAGAGGAAACAAGAAUUGUAAAUACAACUUCUUCUUUUUUCUUUCCGUUUUUGGUGUGUGUGUGUGUGUGUGUGUGUGUUUGUGUGUGUGUGCGCACGCGCGCGCGCGUGUGUGUGUGUGUGUGUGUGUGUACGGGGGGAGUUACUGGUUAGAGAUCAAUGGUUCCACAGAGAACCACUCAUAAAUAAUUCGCUCACCCUUAAACUUUGUCGCUUUUGUUGUUGUUGUUUUUUUUUUUAAAGUGAGAGCUCUUAAGUGUUUGUGUAAAGUCAUGAUUCUACGAAUUCUUUAAUUGUACCCUUAAAUGUACCUGUUUAUUAUAAAACUGUUAGAGAUACCUACUUUGUAAACGUAGAUGUUAAACAGAACUGGGCAAAAGCGGUUACUGGUCGACCUGAUCCAUUGGUUUUAAUAAUAUUUGGUUAAAUUAUAACAAUGAAACAAAGUGUUUUUCAAUGCUUAAACGAGGAAUACGUGAUCAGUGUGUUCAACAAUGGUUUGAUAUUGUUGUUUUUUUCACAGAGUUAAUUAGAGUACUACGUUAAGUUUAAAAAGGAGUCAAUAAUUGAACAAAAAUAUACCGAAACCAUUGAUAAAGAUUACAAUUGAAUUGCUUUGUUAAGAUUCAGUUUGACUGCAAAUUCAUUAGAAAUAGAAACUUGAAUAUACAACAACGUUCUUAGAGAGAACGGAGUAUGUAAAAUAUAAAAUACCAAUACGGUUGAAUUACAGAGUAUUACUUUAAGUGCAUGUGUCCGUUGUUAACUGACCUAAGAACUAAAUAAAACCUGAAUCGAUCUUUUAACACCAUUAACAAAUUUAUAUCCAUCAAGUCUAGUAUUAACAGUCGGUUCUUUCAAAUUUGAAUUUAAUGCUAUGACAAAUUGUACUGAUACAGUCGCUGUCGUAGCUUCUUGAUCUGAUGCAAUGCAUUGCUUUAUUGAGUUUAGUCGGAAUAUCAAAACAUAUUUCAUAUUUGAAUGUGAUAUGACAAAUUGUACUGUCGCAGCUUUUUGAUCUGAUGAAAUGUAUUUCUUUAUUUAUUUGAUAUUUAUGUAUCUUCUUUAUACUAAUCACAUAUAAAUAUGUUUAUUUGUUCUCGUGUGUGACCAUCUGUGUAUAUAUUAUGAUGUUUGUAUUAGGCCAAAGGCAAGUAUUUGUUAAUUUUGCCAACAAACUGAAACUAUAUUAAAACUGAUAUCAGCAAUUCCAUUGUGAUUUUAUUUCAUACAAAUGAAUUGUGUCAACUGAAACUACAAAACAAGAGUUUUGGUCGUUAUACUGAGCAAUUUAUCAGCAUUGCUUACAUAAUGAAGUGCUAUUGUAGUAAUGACCGCUGUUUAAAUUAAUACUCAGUCUUUGAAAUUUAACUAAAUAAGACAAACAUUGGAUUUCAUAAGAAAUUCCAAUAUAUGUUAUAAAUUAUACUAAAUUGGGUUUAACAAUGGGCUUAAUUUUGUCCUGGAGAUUUCAUUCGGAAAAAGUAAUUAUUUCUUAGGUAAUUCACGAACUCGAUUUAGUAGUCCCUAUUUUAUUUGUACUUGUAUAUUUACUCGCUCAAUGUUGUUACUAAUGCCGACAUAAUAAAUAGUUAUAAAGUGUU